AUGGAGUCAGAUGCGAGCAAUGUCCCCGAUACAUCAGUGAAUGAAGUGCGAGCGCCGGAGCCGCCCAUAUAUACAGAUAUGCCUGUGUUUUGGCAAGAGGUCGGGUCAAUGAACACCACCGAUUACGAGGGCAAGGUCGCAGGUUUGUGGAACUUCAUGCUCGGGCAUUACUUUCCCUCAAGCGACAUGUUUGUCCACCAUCCCCAAGACAAGGUUUUUGCCGGCUACCUCGACUUCAACAGUAGCCGAUGGGUCCCCCGAGAUGGCACCAACGACAGAGAGGAGCUGCACUUCCUCGUGACCCAGUGCCACCAGAACUACGAGGAGAGGCUCGAUUUAACAAUACCGGAGGAUGCCAAGCGCAUCCAUGCCCAUCUGGUUCACAUCAGAGAUAUCACUAUGACUGUUUCAUAG